AGGCCACCUCAGGACAUCGAGCCCAGCAGAACAAACCCAAGAGCGAGUACAUACUUUGAGACCACAGCCCAGACUCCUCUUCUGCCUUCCUAGCUCAGUUACCCUGGAGUAUAACUCAGUUAAUGCAAUGCCCCUAUGCCAUGACCUCUGAAGUGGAGAGCUCAGGUUACUGGCUGUGGCCCCAAAGGCCUAUCAUUCUCCAGACUUUUGACCCAGAGACCCAGACCCCACCGGAUGCUCUGCGUUACUGAGGGCUUGCGUGCUGUUCGGAGACCAGCAACAGCUGACAUGUGUGACGCAUUAACCCAGUCUGCUCUCCUUGGCACACUCUGGAGCCCCGGGGAGUUUCCCUUUUAAAGAGGUGGCCCCUCAAAGCUGGAGGACUCAGGAGCAGGCUGUCUGUGUCUCCAGGUUUCAACCACAGGACUGAAGCCACAUUCGUACCCCUGACCUCUGUGUGCUCGUGGCACAGCAGCUGCUUCAUCUGGCCCUUAGACAUUUUUUUCCCUGUGCGUAGACUAGCACGCAGGUGCCAACUGUGGAAGCAGAUCCCUGGAGACCUUGAAAUGUCGAUCAUCUGGUGGUUCUGGUCUCUGCUGGCCAUCUGUGCUUCGGAUACAUUCCGGGACCGGGCAGUGGAUAUCAUGAGAACCACACCGGUCAUUGAUGGGCACAACGACUUGCCUUGGCAACUGCUGACUUUGUUCAACAACCAGCUGCUGGCUUCAGAGGCCAACCUGAACACGCUCGACAAAACACACACCAACAUCCCCAAGCUGAAGGCUGGCUUUGUGGGAGGCCAGUUCUGGUCCGCAUACAUGCCUUGCGAUACCCAAAACAAAGACGCAGUGAGAAGAAUACUGGAACAGAUCGAUGUCAUACACCGGAUGUGCCAACUAUAUCCUGAGACCUUCACGUGUGUCACCAAUAGUUCAGAUAUCCUGGACGCUUUCCAGAAGGGGAGAGUGGCCAGUCUGAUUGGCGUGGAGGGUGGCCACUUAAUCGACAGCAGCCUCGGUGUCCUGCGGACACUCUACCAUCUGGGCAUGCGGUACCUGACCCUAACCCACAAUUGCAACACGCCCUGGGCCGACAACUGGUUAGUGGACAAAGGAGAUGACGAGGCUGAGAGCCAAGGACUGUCAUCCUUUGGGAAGCGUGUGCUGAAUGAGAUGAACCGCCUGGGUGUCAUGAUUGACUUGUCCCACGUGUCCGUGGCCACCAUGAAGGCUGCUUUGCAGCUAUCCAAGGCACCAGUCAUCUUCAGCCACUCGUCUGCCUUCAGCCUGUGUCAAAGCAGGCGGAAUGUCCCCGAUGACGUGCUGCAGCUGGUGAAGAACACAAGCAGUCUGGUGAUGGUGAACUUCUACAGUGAGUUUGUCUCCUGCUCAAGCAGCGCCACCUUGUCCCAAGUGGCUGACCACCUGGACUACAUCAAGAACGUGGCAGGCCCUGGGGCUGUGGGCCUUGGAGGAGAUUAUGAUGGUGUUACCAAGCUUCCUGUGGGACUGGAAGACGUUUCUAAGUACCCAGACCUGAUAGCGGAGCUUCUCAGGAGGAACUGGACAGAGACUGAGGUCAGAGGUGUGCUAGCUGAAAACCUGCUUCGGGUCUUCUCUGAAGUGGAACUGGUAAGCAAUAACAUGCAAGCUCCUGAGGAAGUCCCUAUCUCCUUGAAUGAGCUGGAUGGCGCCUGCAGGACUCACUAUGGCUACUCACAGGCCCCCAGCAUCCACUUGCAGACAGGGGCCCUGGUGGCCUCUCUGGCUUCCCUGCUCUUCAGUCUGCGUCUUCUGUGACAUCCGAAGGACCAGAACCUCCUCCAGUGCUCACAGAGCUCAGGGAAGACUGGACAAGCCCAGAGUUCCUGUUGUCUAUGCAAACCACACCCUUUCUUGAAUAAGCAGUGGGCUUACCUGGGGACAGCUCAAGGCACAGGCAUGCAAUAAACGCAAUGAGCCUUUAA